GUGGCCGGCGUGCGAGGUGGUUUGUGAUAGUGUGUGUCCCAGUAGUCGAAGCCACGCUUCACUCAGUUGCAAAAAAUUGCUGCUGUAGCCCAGUUUAUUUUAUUGUGAAAAACUUAUAUGCUAGUGGUCUUUAUAGAAAACUGCAUCUUUUGUUGAAGUAUUGUGUGAGUGAUUAAAUUUAUACACUAACUUUUACACCUGUAGAAAUUGGAGUAAGGCAAUUAAUUGGUGUGAAGUGAGGUCUGUAUCUGUCCCAUUACCUGCUGACAGCUGAAGAGCUCCCGCGGAUGUUUUCGGGGCCACUGCCACCUAAUUUGAGGGCGGCGUUGAUGAAAAAACUCCAGUGACACGCCACCUUGCAAUCGAUAGCUCCACUUAACGUAAAUUGAGUGCGAGUGUUUUGGACAUCAUAGUUGCGCUGCUCGGGGACUCGGUGUUGGUCACUUUUGAUGUGGUUUCCGUCAACACAGCGAUCUCCUCAAUUGGAUAAGUAUUGAUGAGUUUCACUCUUCCGUUUUUUGAAGACACACUCGUGACGUUUUAUAUGAAGAGAUAAGUGUUCGUCAUUUAAUCCUGCACUUCUUGUGGAUGAAGGAAACGUUAAGUAUUUUUUGGUUUUAAUUCUAGCUAUCACCUAUGUGAAGAAUGGUACUAGAUAGCGCGUCUCAAAUCCAGAAAGCUAUGCAUCACCAGCAUGACAGGACACAGUCCCGUAAACGGGACAGGAAGACGGCCGGUCUGUCGUACGAGGCAGCUGCCAGCGUCACCUCGUCAAGUGACCACAUACCUCUGGGUUCAGUCUCAACUUCUCCAAUCGCACUGUCCAAAGACGCUCAGCAAAUCAGGGACUUAUCAUCUCCACCUCCAAAGCUACCUCGCAUUGGAAUGCACGAUACGUAUCAGCCAUGGGUACUUCAAACGUACGGCGAUUCAGCCAAAACGAAAACAAUUACCAAAAAUAAGUAUCAGCGAAUUCUACAAAUCCUUAGAGGUGAUUAUAUUGACAAUGAGACCUCCAAAUUCAAGUUGUGGGUGAAAGGCCGAGGCUUUCGAAUAGGGGUCCCGCCCGGUUACGUACAUGGUGUCGAAGGCGGUGAAGUGAUGGGAGGUUUGCCCUCCGUGGUUGGAGGGCAGACUGGUGUUGAUUACAGCCCUGAUAAGGACCCACGGCCGGACAUCUUUGUUCAGACGGGCACCGUCAAGGAUUCGGAGGGAAACGACCGUAUUUCCUACAAGAAAGUCGCCAUCGUUGAAGACUUCUUCGAUAUUAUUUAUAACCUGCACGUUUGCAAAGAUGGCAAGGAACAGAAGCAUAUGGGUCAAAAGAGGACAUAUCGUGCGGUAUCUGAACGGUACGCAUUUGUCCCGCGGGAGGCAGUCACGAAAUUCUUGGUGCUUUGCACCGAGUGUCCGCGCAGAUCUUCUGGGGCUUCUGGAGGCAUAAACGCUAACCUAAACAACAAUAAUAAUAUCAAUAAUAACAACAACAAUCUCAUCGGUGACAAAGGCCUCCACAUGAAUAAUAAUAAUACUUUGAACACGAGCUUGAACGGCAUCAACGCCAAGGAAUCUGUCACUCCCACAAAACCUGAAAAGAGAAACUCCGAUGCCGUCCGAAUGUCAAAAAACGGAUCAGCGUUCCAACCCAUUAAUAGCAGCAGUCGCAAUGGAACGAACGGAGCCAAGAAAUACACUGGCAUUCCUUCCUCACAUCUUUCACCUUCGUCUCCUCUCACCCAGUCGCAUCCCCUCUCGUCGAACUCCCAUUCAUUCUUGCCGAUGACUCCAACACACCCUACGCCUCACAAUAUCAUAUCCUUCCUUCCUUCGCCUUCCCCUGCAUCUCUUUCCUCGCACUCAAUUUCUUCAAUGUUGCCUGACCACACCAGCCACUCAGCUAUUGCCUCCCAAUCUUACAACCCAAUUGACGUGGUUAAUCGCGCUUGUAUCAACUCCAUUGGCUCUGGAAGCUCGCAUUCUCUCUCUUCGAUUCCCUCUUUGAAUUCCGUCCCUCAUUCUAGUUUACUGACCUGUCCACUCUCUUUAGCAAGUCCUUUCCAACUCUCUAAUCCUCUUUUGCAGUCUCCUCUGAGCCUUUCUCACCAUCUUUCUCAUCCUGUAAAUCUAUUGCACAGUCAGCUGACCCCACCCUUAACUCCAAUUGCUCACGUACACACUGAGUCUCCUUCGAAAAGUAAAGUCAAGUCUCCCAAACGUAGCACUAAAGUAUCUGCACAAAAGGGUUCUCCUGGGUCAAAAGUGAGCUCUACUGUCUCUAGUAAACGUUCGCCACCAAAAAACGAUUCACUUCCUGUCAUUGUUUCGCCUUCUAAAACUCCUUCUUUAACUCUGUGUGCGUCGCCCAAAUCAUCCCCUGCCUCUAAUAUUGCUUCUUCUCGUUCUCUCCUGCCUUCCAUACCUGAGGCACAAUUCCCGACUGAUUUGAACGAUAGAGAAACCAUUAACAAAGAAGAUAUCACUCAAAUAUUCAACAAUAAUAAUUCACCAAGUUCAUUAGAAAAUAAGAGUAUCCUUACAAGUGCCUCGCACAAAGAAUCAACUCCGGUAAUUGAAGAAAAUAUUAAUGUCAAACCAUCAGUUCAAGUCUCAGUGAUUAAUGAUGCGUUCGACGUGGACCAGACUUUAUCCGUACUACCGAAAGAGCCCGCUUAUUCAAUAUAUUCUCCUAAAGAAGACAGGCAUGGGUUCAAUAUGAAAUUGAGCGACUUUUCUUCUUCAAUAAACUAUUCCAUGCCGAUUACUACUAUUUAUUUAAAACAUAUGAGGGAUUUUGAACAACAAAAGUACGAGGAGCAGGAGAGGUUAAUGGAAAUGGAAGAAGAGAGAAAACUUCAAUUUGACGCAAUUGAAGUACAGCGAAUACGGAACGAAGAUAUGAUUCGUCGUGAGCAUCAAGCCCAGCUUUAUCUGCAGCUUCAACAGCAGCAGUUAUUGCAAGAACAGCAACAAGAAAUAAAAGCCCGUCAGCUGAUGGCCCUGCAAAUGCAUCUUCUCCAAGGAAACGCUACAGUGUUAUCUGGGGAAUCGAUUACCGUCAAAACCGAAGCCCAAGAAAAACCGGACGCGCUACUGCUCUCAUCCUACCUUGGCUUCCAGGAAGACAACCGCUGCAAUUUUUACAAUGGAUUCACUCACAGGGACACUGGUGGGCUGAACCCUAACCACGGCGACGCCACCUCAGCUGGUGUCGCAGCUGCAGGCGGGUCCGCCGCCGUCGACGCUGCCACCGCCACGGACGACUCCAAGACAGAAGUGAAGACAGAGGCGACUAGAGGCAGUGAGUGGGGACAGCAGCAGAACGCUUCCAGCAAAACUGAUGCCGCAACCAACGCCAAAAACUCGCCGUGCCCCUCGCCGUCCCUCAGCGACCCUCCCGCCAGCAUCGCUGACGACUCGUCCACGGGCGGCGGGCGAGACGAAGAUGACGAUGAGGACGACGCCGACGACGACAAAGUCGACGCCCAUCACGACCCUGAGAGACUCAAGGCAUUCAAUAUGUUUGUGCGGUUGUUCGUGGACGAGAACUUGGACCGAAUGGUGCCGAUCAGCAAGCAGCCUAAGGACAAAAUACAGGCCAUCAUAGACGCGUGCGGCAGGCAGUUUCCAGAGUUUUCUGAACGCACCAGAAAACGGAUCAGGACCUACCUCAAGAGCUGCCGUCGUAACAAGCGCACCAGGGACUCCAAUGGCUGGGAAAGUGGACGACCCACACCCCCGCACCUGACGAGCCUACAGGCGGAGCAGCUGCUGGCAACCGCGUGCGAGAACGAAGCUCAGAACGCCAAGAGAAUGCGUCUUGGUCUGGACCCUGUGGCGCAGCCUCACCCCUACCAGCAGCAGCAGCCUGCCAUUGCCGUGGUUGGCACCGACAAAGGAGUCACAUUCAUGGACGUGUCCACAGUCGUUACUAAAACAGAAGUUGCCGCUAAGCCGCAGGUGGUGGAGGGGCGUAUGGUGAAUGGCACAUCAGGCGGUGGAAUGGUGGGUGUAACAGCUGGUGGAGUGACGGUAUUCCAGCCAGCUGUCACAAACCUGCCUUCUUCCACCAGCUCUCAGUGUGCCCCUGCUUAUCACCAGUCGCUGCAACAAGCAUAUCAAAAAGUUACCAAUGGUCCCACAGACCUGAGCAUGCGCACUGCCGUCGCGACCUCGUCAAUCGGUGGCCCUUUGAUGUCAUCGGGUGCCAGCGCCCCAUCAUCUGUACCUCCUUCGCUAGCCACUGGAAACAACAUCAUCACGAACAACAAUAAUUCAGUUAAUGGCGUUACUUCUAAUUCUAACAUGAUCGGCGUUAAUAGCAUUAAUAACGGCAUUUCGAUGGCUUCAAGUGCUACCGUUGUGAACAGCAUCGGUAGUGGUGGUGUGGUUGUUACCAAUAAUCCUGCUGCUGGUAGUCACACGAGUAAUAGUUUUGGUGCUCCGUGCCCCAUGAAUAUGAGCAACAGUAACGUCGUAGCGAGCACACCUGCUGUAGCACCUUCAGCAGCAGCAGCUCCUCCUGCGUCAGGCAAGUCGCGUCCUUCGCUGAGUCCUGUGGAAGUGGCAGCGGUGCGGCAACUCAUCACAGGGUACAGGGAGAGCGCAGCUUUUUUGCUACGAUCUGCAGAAGAACUGCAGAACCUUAUUCACCAGCAGAAUUCUUAGGUAACUUUAUGUUUUGCUGCAGACCUCAUAGGACCUUGUGUUUGCCAUAUGAACUUGCAGGUAAUUUCUUGUGUCUGACGAUUUUAUGGAUAACUUCACGAUGAAGAGAAUUGUGAGUGACUUCAUUUGAAUGCAAAAUCUUCAUUUGAAUGGAGUGCAGCCUGUGACUUACUUAGGAGACGUCGAAGGUAGAGACACGUUUAAAAUGAAAAUUUACGUUCGAUUUUGAAACUAGAUUAUAUAUUUUUCACGUUGCGCACUUGGGAUAUUCAUGGUGACCUUAUAGGAACUGGGGUAUCUAUUGUCAUUUCUGAUAAGCUCUAUGGAUGACAAAUACUAUAAAUUUGCCAAGCAAUGAGAAUCUUUUGAUAAAUGGACCGUGCACGUCCUUAUUCUACCACGACGCGAGGAGUCUCCCAUUCAAAAUGAUGACAUAAGAAUGAAUAUUUCGUUGUUUAUUUAAGCUCGAGAUAUUAUCUCUGAAGUUACUGGUUCACCCGAAAUCUAAUAAUUGUUUUCAUUUUCUUUCCUAAUAAAAUGUGUGUUCUUCAAACAUUGUCGUGUCAUGUCAUCAAGAAUAGUGAAACGUCGAUCUUGAUUAUUCAAAUGUGGAUGUGUGUGAAAAUUUUUUUGGUCGAAGUAACUGAGAUAAAAUUAUUUGUCUAUUUUCUCGAACAUCUUACUUUAUCAAUACAGUGAUGUUUCUUUGUAUUGUAUUUACAAGUCUUUUCUUUUUCUGCCAUAUUUUUUUUCUUGCCAUUUUGAAGAAAUGUGUUUGAUCUCUGAGCGGAUGCGUUAUUUUCGUCAGAGUAAAUAUUGCAAUAUGUGUUAGUAGUUGUGAUGCCAAAGAUAUCCUAGUUUUCUCCAUAUCUUGUUUCAUUCAAGGAAUUUAAAAUAUGCUAUUAUACUGCAUGUUUUUAUGGUGAAAAUGUACAGAUUUUGUGUUUUUAAUGUCAUACAAACUUGAACAUUAAAUUGAUUCUGAAGUAAGAUCUUCUUGCAUAAGUUACCAUUAUACACUGAAUUAAAUUUACAGAAUUCUACUGCAUAAUAACUUUUCUGUAAUUUAUUAUCUGUUUGAGUAAUAGUGUCAUAAUGUGCAUGAGCCUAACUUUAAGCUCAGUCCAUCAUUAUUUUACUGCUCUAAAAAUUUGUUCCCAAGUUUAUUGGAACAGAUUCCCUUGCCACGGUCAAUUCACAUCAAUGCCCCAGCCUCCUUCACACUGGUCAGCACAUGCUGGAUUAAGCUAAUGAUUCAAGACCAUACUAAGUUUUUUCCCGAAAUAGCCCUAUUCAAGAUUUUGUAUUAGGGUCACGAUUUCGUGGAAUGACAGACCAUUGUAAUUAAUUUUGAAUUGAAUACGUUAAAUGGAAUGCUCCAGAGCGUCAACGAUCUUCCUUCAUCGCAUUGAAGUUUUAACUUAUCGAUCAUAGAAAAAAAAAAAACGUUUUUUCAACGUCCAAGGUUAUAAAAAACGUGUUUCAAAGGCCGUUUGAAUGACUUGAUGGGGUGUAGAUGAAACUUGAAUUGUUGUUAUUCAAGUCUUGAGUUGUGCUGCAGGGAGCAGUGGCGUAUGUGUUUGUAUUCAUCUAAUGAUAUGUUAGUUUAGCCUCCUUUCCUUCUUGUUGUUCCCGUGCUGUUGCUUGUUGGCUUAUCCUUAUCUCUUGUUUAAAGUAUGUCACAUCCUUCGGAAGUUCGGACUUGUCCGAAUUCAGGUUUUGGCUUUUUGCAUAGGCGUGUACGUCUUGAUGCCAGCGUGCCCACAGAUAAACCUAUUAUGCGUGAGAAAGAGACUAAAUCGUUCAGUCUUUCCGACUACUAAAACAAUAUUUCCUUUCAAUAUUUCUUCAUUCUUCCUCUUCUUUUUAUUAAUUAUAAUCUCGUAUUUCCGAAUUGUGAUUGUUCCUUCAAUUUUGCAGUCUAUUACUUUAGAGUUUAGACGAGAUGUUGGAUCAUCGAAAUCGUUGGAGCUCAAUAUUCCUGCGAACACUUCAGUUCCAUUUUUGUAUAGUGAAUUUAAUAGGAUGGAGUGAUGUUAGAUUAAGUAGUUCGUCGUAGGAAUGUCACCUAUGAUGAAUUGAUCAUUGAAAAAAAAAACACGUCGGUACUUGAGUCUAAAUGAACGAUUAUUAACUGUUUUUA